CCAAUGGGUUUCACUUAGAGACCCAAAAUUCCUCUAGAACUGACCAUACGCGGACCCAAAUUUCGACACCGGAUAUCAAAUUACACCCUCAGCGGCGAGCUCCUCCGGUCAAAUCCUUACCGGCGAUAGCAGAUCACAGACUAGGUGCUUGUUCUUGCUACAAUGCCUUGCAAAUGAGUAGCUGAAGAAAGUCAGCUUUUUAUUGUGAUGUAAAUACGUGUAAUUCUUGGAAUAGAUGGAUUCUACAUCGAAGCACUCUCCCUUUUGCUUAAAAUGGCCAUGGGAUGUCCAUAACCAAAACCCUAAAACCCAUCUGCCUUUGUACCUUUGAAACACCCUGGUUAUUCAAACCAUUCAAGAAUAUUGGCUCUGGAGUGUUUAAUUUUCAUCCAAAAUAUAUCAAAACCCCAACCUUUAUCAUCCAAAUUCCAUUUCCAGUCGAAUGGUGGAGUUGGCCAAAACACUACCUUGAAGUUGAUGAAGAAGAAAUUGACUCCUGCAGACCAAGCGGAGGCCGAGCAGAGUGCGUUAGCAUCUGCCUUGGCCAGUGGAAAGGAGGGUACUGUAAUUGAAUUUUACUCCCCCAAGUGCCGGCUCUGCAAUUCUUUGGUUAAUUUCGUGAACGAGGUUGAGAACAGGAACACUGACUGGCUCAACAUUGUUAUGGUUGAUGCAGAGAAUGACCAAUGGUUGCCUGAGCUUAUAGCAUUCAUUCUAAGUGGAGCUUAAAAGCAUUACAAAGUCCUUUGCAGCUUCUAUU